UAUUAACCCUACAGGGAAGAAGAAAGGGUUUCAAAGUUGAAGUUGUAAUUGGUUCCGGUGUAUCUGGGGGUCACACAGAGGGGUAGCUAAAGAAAAGACUUCAAAAUGCUGUUGCAAAGAGUGUUGCACAUCGGAGGCUUGACGCUGAAACACAGCCGGUCCAUCCACCACAGUCCUGUAUGGAGGAGUCCUCUUAUACCCAUGGUUGUGGAGCAGACAGGGAGAGGAGAAAGAGCAUAUGACAUCUAUUCCCGCCUCCUGAGAGAGAGAAUCAUUUGUGUAAUGGGUCCUAUCGAUGACACUGUGGCUAGUCUGGUUAUCGCCCAGCUGCUCUUCCUACAGUCAGAAAGCAACAACAAGCCCAUCCACAUGUACAUCAACAGUCCUGGCGGUGUGGUGACAGCAGGCCUGGCCAUUUACGACACCAUGCAGUACAUCCUUAAUCCCAUCUCCACCUGGUGUGUUGGCCAGGCAGCGAGUAUGGGCAGCUUGCUCCUGGCAGCCGGAACGCCGGGCAUGAGGCAUUCACUGCCCAACGCCCGCAUCAUGGUUCACCAACCUUCAGGAGGCACCAGGGGCCAGGCCACAGACAUCGCCAUCCAGGCUGAGGAGAUCCUGAAGCUGAAGAAACAGAUCAACGUCAUCUACGCCAAACACACUGGCCAGCCGCUGGAAACCAUUGAGGGUGUGAUGGAAAGGGAUCGCUACAUGGGCCCCAUGGAGGCCCAGGACUUUGGUAUCAUCGACAAGGUCCUGAUCCACCCGCCCCAGGCCGGCCAGGAUGAGCCGGAGCUGGUGCAGAAAGAGCCGGCGGCAGCAGCCAGCGCCCCCCAACAGCCAGAGUGUGCAGCCCCUGCGCAGGCCCUCCCCGGGAUAAACCCCCCCUCCUCAUACAAACCUGAGCCAUGAAGCCACGAACAGUACAGAGCGCUGGUGGUUUGAUACCUGACAGUUUGGGAAGAACAAGGCGGGCGCCUCCAUGAUGUCUUUUUUUCUUUCCCCCCCCUAAGCCGUCUCCACACGUGCGCAGGCAUCAUGUUACAGAGAACCCAAUGUUUGCUACACCUUUUUAUUUUUGUUUUUAUUACUGUUAAGAUGUAGAUUCUGGUGAAAUAAAAAAUCAAAGAAGCGAUGGCUGAAGUUGGUCAUUGCUCACAUCUGAAGGAAACCAGCUAGGGCUGCACGAUACGAGGAAAAUACGGGAUACGCCAUAACGUUGAAUAUCUCGAUAACGAUAUUACUUGCGAUGAAUACAGAUGUUAAAAUGUUCUCAGUUCUGCCUUUCUGCUGCUUUCAGUAUUCUGCUAUAAUACAAGGCGUUGCUUGUUCUUUUAUCGAACAAAUCGAACAUUGGAUUGAGUAUAAACGGUAACACUAAGAAAAGAAUGACUGACAUUUUAAAGUGCAGUAUCUGUAGAAAAUACAGAUACUCUUUAAACUAAUUUAAAAACAUCUCCGUGUUUUUUGUGAUUUGUCGCAGUCUUCGCAAUGUUGAUAUUGCAAUGACAAUUUAAAAAAAAACAAAUGGAUUUAUCGUGCAGCCCUAGUUUCAGCUGAGUUGGUGUUAGCGCUCGCAGAGUGAAAGUACAGCGUGAUAAAAGGUAGAUGAUCUUAUUCAGGGGAGGGGGAGGGGACGCCUGCUUGAGACUAUGGAGCCAUCUCGUUCUGUACCUCCGUGCAGAGACGGCCACUGGAAGAGUGUAGAUGACCUGUAUUUGAAUACUCCUAUUUGUAAUUAAUAAAAUGUCCACAACUCAC